AUGGAGCUAUCCGCUAUUAUGAAGGAUAAAUUGAAUGCCGGUGACAAUGUUGUGGCGCUCCACGAAGGUGUACUGUUGCAAGGCUGGUCACCCAAGGCUCACCGAUUACUAGCCUUGGUAGAACGUAAUCUAUCAUUUGGUUUGUUUGUAUUUACAACGUCCAGAAAUCCACCUCAAGCAUUUACAGACCUCACAAUCAACUUUGUUGUGCCUAUUGAUAGUGAUUUCAAAUGUGAUAUAGAUUCAUUGUCAGCGGAAUCUAAUUCUGAUAUUUAUAUUAAUUUAUCAGCACGGAAUUUUAAAUUAUUUAUGGGAAUGGAUUCAGGUCAUGAAACCAAUCAUUUUUUUAAUGAAUUAUCUAGAUCAAUGGACCUUUAUUUAAAAAAUCAACAGACACUGGAUUUUCAAUGGUUGAAAAAAUAUAAUAUAAAUGAUAUUGACUUAGAAUUAGGUUUGAUGAUGAAUAUCAAUGGUGAUAAUACAUCUAAUAAUAUAGUAACUGCUAAUAUGGCUGUGGCUGAAAAUGAUAUAUCAUUUCCAACUGGAACACAUACACUAAGUUCUCGAGAAAGUGUUAUACAGCGGCAAAUGAUUUUGAGCGAAGAACAAUAUACUAAUGCACAAAAUUUCCGAAUUUAUAUUGGCACUUGGAAUGUCAAUGGCCAACCAACCUUGUCUUCACUAAAUGAUUGGCUGACUUGUGAUUCUGAACAGCCUGAUAUUUAUGCCAUUGGUUUUCAAGAACUCGACCUAAGUAAAGAAGCUUUUCUUUUUAAUGAUUCUCCACGAGAAGAAGAAUGGUUACAAGCUGUAACAAAAAGUCUCAAUUCCAAGGGAAAUUAUAAAAAAGUAUCAUUAGUUCGAUUGGUGGGAAUGAUGCUUAUAGUGUUUGUUAAAAAUAAACACAUCGACCAUGUUAAAAAUGUUGCUACUGAUACUGUUGGUACUGGAAUUAUGGGAAAAUUGGGAAAUAAAGGUGGAGUUGCCGUUCGCAUGGAUUUCCAUAACACUUCUUUAUGCUUUGUCAAUACACAUUUAGCAGCCCACGUUGAAGAAUAUGAAAGACGAAACCAAGAUUAUCAAAAUAUAUGUUCAAGAAUGGUAUUUUCAAAUUUCAGACCUCCAAAAACUGUUAAGGAUCAUAAUCAAGUAUAUUGGUUUGGUGACCUCAAUUAUAGGAUAACCGAAAUGGAUGCAAUAUCCGUAAAAGAUUUAGUACGCAAAAAUAAUUUUAAAAACGUAUUAGAAGCAGAUCAACUAAAGCAACAACAUCGGGCUGGAAAUGUCUUUAAAGGUUAUAAGGAGGGUUCAAUUAAUUUCCUUCCUACUUAUAAAUAUGAUCCGGGUACCAAUGACUGGGACAGCAGUGAGAAGAACCGUGCCCCUGCAUGGUGUGACCGAAUAUUGUGGCGAGGCAAUGCAAUUAAACAACUUGCUUACAGAAGUCAUCCUAAUUUGUUGAUCAGUGAUCACAAACCAGUCAGCGCAUUAUUUGAAUCUGAAGUGAGAGUUGUUGAUUUGACCAAGUACAGAAAAAUUCAUGAACAUAUAAUGAAAAAAUUAGACAAAGCAGAGAAUGAAUAUUUACCUCAAGUUAUGGUUGAUAACACUGAAAUAAUUUUCCACAAGGUGAAGUUUAUGGAACCUCAAUUAAAAGAACUUACAGUUGCUAAUACUGGUCAAGUUCCUGUACAGUUUGAAUUUAUUAAAAAAUUAGAUGAUUCUACAUACUGUAAAGAAUGGUUGCGAAUUGAGCCUUUCAUGAGUUUUAUUGAUCCUGGGGAAAAAUGUGAUAUUACUUUAGAAGUUUUGAUAGAUAAAAAAUCAGCAUACAAAAUGAUCAGUGGCCAAGACAAGUUGUAUGAUAUUUUAGUAUUACAUUUAGAUGGUGGAAAAGAUAUCUUUAUAACAGUCACAGGUAACUAUGAGCGUAGUUGUUUUGGUUGUUCAUUAGAAACACUUUGUUAUUUGAAAGUUCCUAUUAAAAAUAUACCAUUUGGAAAACUUAUGGAACUUGAAAACAAUAAAAGCAACAUGACUUCAGAUCCUUACCUAGUACCCAAAGAAGUAUGGUACCUUGUUGAUCAUUUAUACAGACAUGGUCUUAAACAAGAACAUUUAUUUGAACAUUCUGGUCUCAGAUCUGAAUUUGUCCAGAUUCGAAAUUGGUUAGAUAAUGGAUCACCGGAUGCUUUACCCGGUAGUGUGCAUUCUGUAGCUGAAGCUCUAUUAAUUCUUUUAGACAGUACAUCAGAACCCAUAAUACCAUAUAAUUUGCAUGCGACUUGUUUAUCUGCAGUGUCUUAUUACAGUCAAUGUAAACAAAUUAUUUCUCAACUACCAGAGAGAAGUAAAAAUGUAUUUUUAUACCUUUGUGCAUUUCUUCAAGAAUUAUUGAAUCAUGUCAAUGAUAACAAAUUAGAUGUUAAAACUAUCGCAUCUGUUUUUGGUGAAAUAUUUAUCCGAGAUCCACCUAGAUCUCGUUCAGAUAAAUCUGGCCACACGAGAACUUCUAUGUCAAGGAAGAAGACCAAUUUUGUAUACCAUUUUCUAGUCAAUGAUCAAAGUGAUUUAAUAAUCAAUACAUCGUUUUAG